GCUCUGUCGAACCCGACGUCUGACGUCGAAGUAUUACGUCUAUCCAGUCGGUUUCUGUGCAGUUAAAGUGUUAUAAAACCGAUAUUAAGGUGUUAUUCACAGUUAUAUUACAGCACGAAGGAGUGCAGAUAUGGCGUCGAGCAAUCCCUGUAUUGUGAUCAGUGAUGAGGAGCAGGGUUAUGACCUGGACCUUUUCUGCAUUCCCAAACAUUACGCCAGUGACUUGGAGAGGGUCUACAUUCCACAUGGCCUCAUCUUGGACAGAACAGAGCGAUUGGCACGGCAGAUCAUGAAGGAGAUGGGGGGCCAUCAUAUAGUGGCCCUCUGUGUGCUCAAGGGAGGCUACAAGUUCUUUGCUGACCUUCUGGACUACAUCAAGGCCUUGAACCGCAACAGUGACCGCUCCAUCCCCCUCACCGUGGACUUCAUCCGGCUCAAGAGCUACUGCAAUGACCAGUCCACAGGUGAAAUCAAAGUCAUUGGUGGAGAUGACCUCUGUACUUUGACAGGAAAGAAUGUCUUAGUUGUGGAGGACAUUAUCGACACAGGAAAGACCAUGAAGACCUUAUUAGAUCUUCUAAAGCAAUACAAUCCUAAAAUGGUCAAGGUGGCCAGUUUACUUGUGAAGAGGACACCAAAGAGCGUCGGCUACAGACCAGACUUUGUAGGAUUUGAAGUCCCUGACAAAUUUGUUGUGGGGUAUGCGCUGGACUACAACGAAUAUUUCAGAGAUCUAAAUCACAUCUGCGUCAUUAGUGAAACAGGAAAGGAGAAAUACAAGGCAGGAGAAGAGACUGGUGUUCCUCUUUAGCUGUGUUUUUUACAACAAAUUACAGCAAUUGCAAAUAAUUGGGGUUUUUUAUGUCCAGUAAUUUGUUUAAAUAAGUAAUGGUGUUAUGAUGGCCAGAGUGCAGAUAAAAUCUGUGCGUGCACUACACAAUGUGGACCAGCUCAGGCAGUUAGGCAAAACCAGGAAAUGCUCAUAGUCUUGAUGAAAACUUGUAAAAUCUAGCAGCAAGUGGCCAGUUUUAGAGAAGUGAGGGAAAUGACUUUAAAAAGCUGCUUUGAAACAUAAUGAUUAAUGCCUGGAUUAGCCAGCUGAAUGUAGCAAAACAUGGUUACGUGACAAAAGUUUAUCAAUACAAGUUGAUGGAUAUUUUGACAAUUUCAGUGCUCCUGGACUUUUUUUGAAAAAUCACAUUGUGCUAUAUGAAGUGCACAUGUACAAAAUAUCUUUUACUAUGAAGAAAAGCUUUAAAGACUUUAAAACGCAUGAUCUCUUAAAUGCCCAGAUUAAAGUUAUUGCUACAGGUAGAUACAGGUUAUCUGUAAUGUGCAAUAAGUUUGAAGCAAAUUGAGGGUUAAAUUCUUCAGUGAACUGAAUAUUUGGUCUGUAUUUAAAAUUCAGCUUCUGAAGUAAUUAAACCACCUUGAAUUGUCCACUGUCAACCUGUUGGCUAAAACAAAAAAAUGUAUUUGUGCUAAGUUUGACAUCUGUGUCUAAAAACAAGAUUUACUUACAUUUUUUUCUUUGAAACAAUAUUGCAACCAGGACAAUGCAACCAGUGUAUAACUACUUAAACUCGAGUGUGGACUGUUGACGAGAAAAUGUCACAGUUCCUUAUUUUCUAUACUUCUCUAUAUACAACUGCUCACUCUGUGGGCAUUUUUCUUUAAAUAGCUUUCUGCAUUUCAGAUGAAAUACAUUUCAAAAAACAAUUGUGCAGAAAUGAAACCAUAUUUUUUCUUAACAUGUGCAUUUAUGUACCUUUCUUGCAUCAUAGGAAUAUUUUUAUUCCUUAUUUUUCACAGUUAGUCUUAUCUACUCUUCUGUGCAGGGUUUGAUGUAUUAGUAGACAACCUUUCGUAGAAUACAAUGAUGUGAAUAAACUCUAUUUGAAAUACGUAUCAGUUGAGUUUGGUUCCAAUUGUGGAUUAAUUGUUCUAAUAAUGGUUUACUUGUGUUACCUUUGUUUUGAAGUAUCGAGUAGGUCCACUUCUAUUUACUGUAGAAUACUGUGCUUGGCUUACUGUAUGUCCACAAAAGGGGGAGGGGUGACUAGUUUCCUGUUUUCUUUACUACUUCACACUGAGAGAUGUGCAUCAUGUCAGUGUUAACCCCUUACUGUCUUUCCACCAGUUAUUGCUGUUCAUAAUGCAUCAAUAAACAAGAUCAAGAAAGCACUUUUUGAUUAUAACUCUUCUCAAAAGUACUGCCCUUGAAGUUGAUAUGUGGGGGAAAAUGCAUUUAGAAAUGGAAUUCAAUUGUAUUACCAAUUCAAAAAUACAAACCGGUUUAUCAUAGUGGCCAGAAACAUAAAUAUUAAACUCUCCAAAGUUUGGAGAAGUAACUCAUUGUGUUGUAAUGAAGAGGAGACACACGCUGCCCAAACGACUUGGGCAAACAGAUGCAGC